UUGAUCGCCCAGGCAGCCUCUCUGACCCAAAGGCGUAGAAGGAGUAUUCUAGAAGGUAAUGGACCAUUCAGACACUGUCAUGGCAAAGUGGACCCCUGCAGCUUCUACAGGCACUGCACCAGUGACCUGUGUCUUCAGGAGGGUCUCCUGUGUGCACUGUUCUGCUCCUCUGCAGAUUACACUGUUGUCUGCUCAACCCACAAUGAUCCACUGCCUGCCUGGAGGAGGGUUGGAUUCUGCUCCAUGGGAACCCUGUUGCUGCUUUGUGCUGUGGGGUCUUUACUGAUUUGUCCAUCCAGCACUAGCUGGACAGGGAAAGAGUUUGCUGUGUCUUUCAUGCUGAAUUACGCUCCGAAUUAUGACACCCCUCGCUUUCAGCUCUACAUAACUGCUGUUCAAGCCAAUACUAAGGUGACAGCCAGCGUGCGUUCAUUGAACUUCAACCAAGAGAAAUCCCUGAAUGCAGGAGAAUCUGUGAUCAUCAAUGUUCCCACUGCUGUUGAGAUGUACGGCAGCCAAAAGUCUCCCAACGUGGUGUCCAUAGAAGCCUCGGGAGAUGUGUCCGUAACCGCCUUUAACUCCAAGUUGUACACAGCAGACACCUCUGUAAUAUAUCCAACCACUGUGUGGGGCACAGAAUACUUCAUUUUCACUCCCCCUGCAUCCCCUCCCGGUUCCUUUAAAGAGUUUGCCGUGACAAAUGGGAAGGUCAGCAACAAAGUGGAGAUUUUCCCUGAAGGGAAAAUCAACUUUCAGGGUCAUGUUUAUGGAAAAGGGAGUAAAAUUACAAUAGAUCUCAAUCCCUAUGAAAGUGUACAGCUCCAGAGCACAUUUGACCUGUCUGGAACCAGAGUUUCUUCCAAGAACCCUGUUGCCGUUUUCGCAGGGCACACUUGUACCUGGAAAUUCUCAAAAUGCAACCAUGUUUUUGAGCAGCUUCUGCCAACAAGCAGGUGGGGAACCAGCUUCAUUGUGCCCCCACUGAGCUUCCAGAAGAAAUACGAUAGUGUAUACCUCCUGGCUUCCCAACCUACCAGAGUCACUGUCAACCAAGGCAACCGUAAAUCCGAUUUCAGUUUCUCGAGCGGACAGAUUAAGGAGAUCCAGAGUCACAAUCAAGAGGCACUGUUUAUUCAAUCUGAUCGUAGCAUCCAAGUAUUCCUGCUCUUUAAUGGUGUCACUCAAGGCUGGUACCAAUACUACGACCCGUUUUUGAUGACUAUAAUGUCCACAGACCACUCGUGCUCUUCCUACUCACUACAGGCUCUGGACGGUUUUGAUAACAAAGCCCUGAUUGUUGCAAAAAACACCUUAAAAGAAUUGUUACGUUUUGAUGAGAAAAGCCUUCCUAAAGAUGUUAAGUGGAAAGGGAUCCCAGGGACAGAAUAUUCCUGGGCCGAGAUGUGCUAUAAACAAGCCCCUGGAAACAAUAUCCACAUUGUGUCGAGCUCUGGCGGCAGCUUUAACCUUUACAGUUUUGGAGUUAGCCAGAUGAAUGGCUAUGGUGCCCCAGCUCAGUGUUUAAAGCAAGGAUGUGGAUCUUUGUCCUGCAGCAGCUUCAUCUGCAGUUCAAAUGAGGUGUGUGAAAUGAAAAGUGGGAGUCCAGUCUGUGUCCCCAAACCGGUCAAACAACAGUGUGGCACCUGCUGGGCCAUGGGAGAUCCUCACUACCGCACUUAUGAUGGGAGACGCUAUGACUUCAUGGGUACCUGCACUUACGUCAUCACUAAAAACUGUGGGACAGACGCCGAUCUCACACCCUUCGAGGUCCUGGCCCAGAAUGAGAACAGAGGAAGCCGCAGAGUGUCAUAUGUUGCCCUGGUCACGGUGAAGGUAUACGGCGUCACCAUAACAGCCGUUCGGUCUGAAAGAGGCCGUGUGAGGAUUGACAAUAGUUUGUGGAGCUUGCCCAUUGUCUUGAAGAACAACAAACUGAAUUUGUUUCAGAGCGGCCGCUCUGUGGUCAUCGAGACUGAUUUUGGUCUGACUGUCCGUUACGACUGGGAUCACAACCUUGUGGUCACUCUUUGUAAAAGUUACAGUGGUCAGACUUGUGGAUUCUGUGGUAAUUUCAAUGGUAAUCCCAGUGAUGACUUCACCACCCCGUCUGGCGCUCAGGCCAGCGGGGCUGUUGCCUUCGGUAGCAGCUGGAAGGUGCCAGGCCUGGUGGACGAUCCUCAGUGUAGUGAUGACUGUGUUGGAGGGUGUGGCAACUGUGACCAAAACCAGCUGAAAAAGUGGGAGACAGACUCAUUUUGUGGGAUCAUCACACGUAAAAUAAAUGGUCCAUUCAGUAAAUGUCAUGCUGCCGUUGAGCCACAAGCAUACUUUGACAGCUGUAAAUACGAUUUAUGCUUGGGAAACGGUCUUAGACAGUUUCUUUGCAAAGCUCUGGAGGCCUACACUGAAGCCUGUCAAGAUGCCGGCGUCCAGGUUCAAGACUGGAGAAAGAUGGCUAGAUGCCCUGCCAAAUGUCCAGCCAAUAGCAAUUACGAGCUGUGCGGCAAUGCCUGUCCCGCAACCUGUUCUGACCCUAAUGCCCCGUCCAAAUGCAAACGCCCCUGUGUGGAGACAUGCACCUGUAAUGCAGGCUUUGUUUUAAGUGGAGACAAGUGUGUGCCCAUCGCCAAGUGUGGAUGUGCAUAUGAGGGUCUAUACAUUCCUGCUGGGGAGACAUUCUGGGCUGACCAAGACUGCAAGCGAUUGUGUAAAUGUGUGCCUGGAAGCAGGCGUGUGGAGUGCCAAAAUAAAGGCUGUGGGCCAGGGAGGCAAUGUCAAGUGGUGAAUGGCAUAAGAACCUGCCAGGCUGUGUCCUAUAGCACCUGCCAGGCCACGGGUGAUCCUCAUUAUGUGACUUUUGACAAGAAGAGAUUCGACUUCCAGGGUACAUGUGUGUACCAGCUCGCAGCACUGUGCUCCGAUAACCCCGAAUUGGUGCCCUUUGAAAUCCAGGUGCAGAAUGAUCAUCGGGGUAGUAAAGUAGUUUCCUACACCAAGUUAGUACAGAUAAAGGUCUACUCACACAGCAUUGCCAUUUCAAAGACAAACAAGGGCCUGAUUAUGGUGGAUAACGAGCUGGUCAACCUUCCAAUCAGCCUUGCUGAAGGAAAGAUAACCGUUCAUAAGAGUGGCUGGUAUGCUGUUCUCUUAACAGAUUUUGGCCUCAAAGUUUCUUUCAACUGGGACAGUGCUGUAUUUGUAAAGCUGCCAAGCAACUACAUGGGAGCCGUUUGUGGCCUCUGUGGCAACUACAAUGGCAAGCCCCAUGAUGAUCUGACCCCCAAAAAUGGCAACAAACCUGUAAAACCAGUCGAUUUUGGUACCAGCUGGCAAGUUGCUGAGAUCCCCGGCUGUGUAGAAGGCUGCAAAGGGGUCUGUCCCAACUGUGACAUUACUCAGAUGGUUCAAUAUGAAAAGGACAAUUAUUGUGGCAUCAUAAGAGACCCCAAAGGACCAUUCCGUCACUGCCAUGCCAAGGUGGAUCCAGCUGCCUACUUUGAAGACUGUGUUUAUGAUGUAUGUCUUUAUAAAGGCAGAAAAGAUGUGUUGUGUCAGUCUAUUACAUCAUACAAUUCAGCCUGCCAAGCAGCAGGUGCAAAGGUGGAGAGCUGGAGGACCAGUCAAUUCUGUGCAGUGAAAUGUCCCCCCCACAGCCACUAUGAAAUGUGUGCCCCUGCCUGUCCUGCGACAUGCAAGACACUUGCCUCUCCUCAAAGUUGCCAGGAUCAAUGUGAAGAGGGUUGUUCUUGUGAUGAGGGGUACAUCCUCAGCGGAGAUGGCUGUGUUCCCUUCUCACAGUGUGGCUGCAUCUACCAAGAGCGCUACUACCGCAUCGGAGAGGUGUUUUAUCCAACUUGUCAGGAGGAGUGCAAGUGCACAAAAGAUGGAGAGGUCGUGUGCAAGAAGUUCACAUGUGGCCCUAACGAGAAGUGUAAAAUAGAAAAUGGCGUCCAAAAAUGUCACCCAGUUGGUAAGGGUGUGUGCCGAGCCUCUGGGGACCCUCACUACCUCUCCUUUGAUGGACGAAGAUUCGAUUUCCAGGGCACAUGCACCUAUACUCUCUCCAAGAGCUGUGGGCUGGAGGGUACCCACCUUAAGCCCUUCUCUGUUCAGGUAGAAAAUGUUCAAUGGGACAGAAUGAGAGGAAGAAAAAAAGUCUCUGUCGCCAGGUUGGUUGCAGUGCAGGUCUCUGGAAUAACUCUCAUCAUGAGGAACAAGGUUUUUGGAGUUCUGGUGAAUGGAGUGUUUAACAACCUUCCAGUGAAUCUAAAUGAGGGAGAAGUGCAGGUCUAUCAAGAGGGCAGAAAUUACGUCAUUGCUACAAAUUUUGGUUUAAUCGUCACGUACGACCUGGUCUAUCAUGUGACCGUCACAGCACCUGGGAAUUACCGGGGCAAGGUUUGCGGCUUGUGUGGCAACUUCAACGGGGACAAAAAAGACGACUUCCAGAUGUCAAACAAUAAGCUCACCAAAAACGUCAACUGGUUUGGCAAAUCAUGGAAGGUCACCAUUCCUAACGUGGUGUGUGAGAAUGGCUGUGAAGGGAAAAACUGUCCAGACUGUGAUCGGGCCCACAAGGCUGUGUUUUCAAAGACCACUUACUGUGGUAUUCUAACAUCACCCAAAGGUCCAUUUGCAGCCUGCCACAGCAAAUUGGACCCACAGUCAUACUUUGAUGACUGUGUGUUUGAUAUGUGUGUUUCUAACGGGGAUGGAAAGGUGCUUUGUGACAGCGUAGCAGCCUACGCCUACAACUGCCAUAUGGCAGGAGUAAACGUGAAAAACUGGAGGACUCCUUCCUUCUGUCCCAUGAAAUGCCCAGCGAACAGUCACUAUGAAGUGUGUGCAAGAGCCUGCGCUUCUUCCUGCCCCGGCCUCACGGAUAUCGUCCAGUGCCCCAGCAGCUGUACAGAAGGAUGUGAAUGUGACACAGGCUUCUUAUUCAACGGACAGAUGUGCAUCGAAGAGAGUGCAUGUGGCUGCUAUGAGAAUGGGAGAACUUACAAGCCUGGCGAAGUCUUUUAUGAGGAGGGCUGUGGAGAAGUUUGCACCUGCAAUCCAGCAACUGGCCUCGCCUGCAAAAAACACUCCUGUCCAUCAAAUACCAAAUGCAUGGUCAAGAAGGGAAUCAGGGCAUGUUACAAUACAGGCAAGGCCUGCACCUUUUUAAUAAUCUUUUCAGCAAUUCAUUAUCCUUGCAAAGACGCUAAGUGCCGUGUUCAGGAAAAAUGCGUUGUUAAGAAGGGUGAGGCUGUGUGCAUCCCCAACUACACGGGUGCCUGCUGGGCCUGGGGUGACCCCCACUACCACACGUUCGAUGGUUUCAACUUUGACUUCCAGGGAACCUGCAAGUAUGUCAUCUCAAAGACCUGUGGGAAUCUGGACGGUCUAGUUCCGUUUUCUGUCACAGAGCGCAACGAUAACCGGGGAAACACAGCCGUCUCCUAUGUCAGGGAGGUGGAUGUGAUUGUGUAUGAAUACAAAAUCACUAUCCAAAAGAACCAAAUUGGCAGAGUCAUGGUAGAUGGAGAGCUGCUGAAUCUGCCCGUUGAACUGGGUGACGGGGAAGUAUCUGUGUCUCAACGAGGGCCCUAUGCUGUGCUCAAGACUGAUUUUGGCCUGGUUGUCUCCUACGAUUGGAGCUCGCGUAUUGUUAUCAAGCUACCCAGCAGCUAUUUCAGCAGUGUCUGUGGCCUGUGUGGAAACUUCAAUGGCAACAGAGGCGAUGAGCUUCAGAAUCCGGCUGGCAAAGCUGUCUCCUCAGUGAUAGAGUGGGGCAAGAGCUGGCAAACACCGGACCAGGACAAGGACUAUCCUUGUUGGGACACCUGUGAAAAAAAUUGUCCUACCUGUGAUGACAAUGAGCGACAACUUUACCAAACCCAGGCAUUCUGUGGAGCUCUAGCAGCCAGUGCCAAUAGUGUGUUCAAAAAAUGUGCUGGAAAACUAGACCCUCAGGCCUUUAUGAACAGCUGCGUGUAUGAUAUGUGCAUCAAUAAGGGAGACAGAAAGAUGCUCUGCCGAGCAAUGGCUUCCUACAAUGACCAGUGUCGUGAGGACGGAGUGGUUAUCAAGAACUGGAGGAAACAAUUUGGCUGCCCAAUGGAAUGCCAGCGUCACAGCCACUAUGAAGACUGUGCCAGCCCCUGCCAGCCAUCCUGCCCAUUCCCUGAGGAAAAGCAGAAGUGUGAGGGUGCCUGUGAGGAGGCCUGUGUUUGUGACAAAGGUUACGUCCUCAGCGCCGGCGCCUGUGUGCCCGCCAAAACGUGCGGCUGCUCUUACGAGGGCCGCUACUACAAGCCGGGCCAGCAGUUCUGGGCGGACGAGGCUUGCGGUCGCCUGUGCGUGUGUGACACAGCUCUGGGCAUGGUGACCUGCCGAGAGGCUUCCUGCUCGGCCAACGAGAAAUGCACGCUGCUGGACGGGGAGCGUGCCUGCCGACCUAUCAGCUACAGCACGUGCACAGCCUCCGGGGAUCCACACUACCGCACCUUUGAUGGGCGCAGGUACGACUUCCAGGGGACGUGUGUUUAUCAGCUGGUUGGUUUGUGCGCCAAGCAGGCCGGGCUGGUGCCGUUCAACGUCACCGUGCAGAACGACCACCGGGGAAGCAAGGCCGUGUCCUACACACGAACCGUCACUCUGUCCAUUCAUGGCGUCACUCUUACCGUCAGCAGAGAAUAUCCCAGCAAGGUUUUGCUCAAUGGGCAGCUUGCUUCGCUGCCUCUGGAUUACAAUAAUGAGCUGUCUGUGUUUCUGAGCGGGCGUACGGCUGUGGCUCAGACAGUCGCUGGUAUCACUGUGAGCUUCGACUGGAGAAGCACAAUAAGUGUUACUUUACCCAAUACCUACCAGGGCGCUGUCUGCGGCCUGUGCGGCAAUUACAACGGGAAUGCUCAAGACGACCUGACCAUGGCCAGUGGCCAGACCGCUCCCAGUGGAGCCUCGCUGGGGGAGAGCUGGCAGGUCGCCCGCACACCAGGCUGUUCCUCAACCUGCCAAGGCGCGUGGUGCCAGGCCUGCUCAGAUUCCCAGAGGAAGGUGUACACAGCCACCAAGUUCUGUGGCAUGAUUGUUGACAAGGCAGGGCCGUUCAGAGAGUGUCACAGCCACGUGGACCCCGCCCCUUACAUGGAGGACUGCGUUUAUGAUGUUUGUCACUAUCACGGUCGCCAAGGCUCAGUGUGUGAGGCUGUGGGAGUGUAUGCGUCUGCCUGUCAGAGCCGGGGAAUCACCAUCCAAUCCUGGAGGACGGACACAUUUUGUCCAAUGGAGUGUCCUGCUAACAGCCACUACGCGCUGUGUGCCUCGGGUUGUCCGGCCACCUGUGCCAGUUUAACCUCCCUCACCACCUGCCACAGGCGCUGUGCAGAGGCCUGUGAAUGCGACCAAGGCUACCUGCAGAGCGGGGAUGCCUGUGUGCCCGUGAGAGACUGUGGAUGCUCCUACGAUGGUCAGUACUACAAAAAAGGGGAUGUUUUCUACCCUGAAGACACGUGCAUGGAUCAGUGCCGCUGUGGAGAGAACGGAGCUGUGUCUUGCGCAAAGGCCAAGUGUCGUCCAGGAGAAAUUUGUAAACUUGUAAAUGGGGUCAAAGGCUGCCAUCCAGAAGGGCAAGGAAAGUGUGUGGCUUCAGGCGACCCGCAUUACAUUUCCUUUGAUGGGCGAAGGUUUGAUUUCCAGGGUACCUGUGUCUAUGUACUGGCCAUGGUCUGCUAUGAUUACAGAGGCCCGCUCACGCCGUUCACUGUGACUCAAGGCAAUGAAAAGUAUGGAAAUGGAAAAGUGGCGGUGACCAAAUCAGUCUCAGUGGGAGUUUAUAGCUAUGUUAUUUUAAUCCAGCAAGGAGUGCCAUGGAAAGUCAUCGUGAAUGAUGAACUUGUCAACAUCCCUCUCAACUUGGAAGACGGCCGCGUCACUGUGACGCAGGAAGGUCGCAACAUAGUAGUGCGAACAGACUUCGGACUAAAGGUCCUUUAUGACACUGUGUAUUAUGUUGAGGUGAUCGUUCCCUCCACAUACCAAGGUAAGAUGUGUGGUCUUUGUGGGAAUUACAACAAGCAAGGAAAGGAUGAUUUCCGCCUUCCCUGGGGCAUACAGACAAACAACAUCGAUGACUUUGGGAAGGCGUGGGUGGUGGAUCUGCCCGGUCACGUGUGCGGUGGCUGUGGAGGACAGUGUCCAGUGUGUGAUAAGGCCCAGGUCACUUUGUAUGAAAAACCAGACUCCUGCGGUAUUAUAAGUGCAACUAAUGGGCCUUUCCAAGCCUGCCACGGUAAAAUCGACCCCGCAGCAUAUGUGUCGAAUUGUGUGUUUGAUGUUUGUGCUGUGGGCGGCGACAAAGACACACUGUGCAACAGUGUGCAGGCCUACGCGCUGGCCUGCCAGAACGCCGGCGUCCAGAUCAAGCCUUGGAGGAGCAGCUCCUCCUGCCGUAAGGGAAACAGCCACAUCUUUGACCUGAGGGUGUCCGCCUCCUGCCCCGCGCACAGUCACUAUGAGCUGUGCGCUGACACCUGUGGUGCCACGUGCUCCAGCCUAAUUCAGCCAGUUACUUGCUCCGAAAUCUGUUUUGAAGGAUGCCAGUGUGAUGAUGGCUUUGUUUUUGAUGGUGUCCAAUGUGUACCCCUUGAAAACUGUGGGUGCGUGCACAAUGGCAGAUACCUGACGGUGGGUCAGACAGUAGUGGACAAAGAGUGCAAGUCCAAGUGUGUGUGCCAGACAUCUGGUGUGGUAAAGUGUGAAAAGCUCUCCUGUGCCGAUGGGGAAGUUUGCAAUGUAAGGGAUGGGGUCAGAGCUUGUCAUGUCAAGCAGAGCCAGUGCACAGUCAGUCAUGCUGGCAAGCUCAGCACCUUUGAUGAUAUUUCUGGAGCGAUUGGAACCCUGGGGGCUUUUGAGGUGGCGUCUGUGUGCGACGAAGCCGCCCCUCAGUGGUUCCGUGCAGUUGUGGAUGUGAGGAAAUGCAGAAAGGGAGCACCUCCUGCUGUUGCUACUGUGUACCUGUUCUUCAAGGAUGCCACUGUGAUAGUGAACAGCCAACAUGAAACCUGGGUGAAUGGCAGGAAGGUGAAACUUCCCAGCAAAGUGACAAACGAGCUAUCAGUCCAAAUCUCAGGGAGGAGCGUGGUCAUUGAGAGGACAGCAGCUGUGCGGGUCACCUACUCAAUUUCUCAGGAGGUCACUGUCACUGUUGAUAGUAGCAUGUCUGGCAAAUUGUGUGGCGCCUGUGGCAACUACAACAACAACUCCAAAGAUGAUCUGAAGACAGCAGAUGGGGAAAUCACCACUGACAUGUCAGCAGUUAUUAGCUCUUGGAAUGCUGGAGAAUUUUCACGGUGUGCCACUUUGACCACAAUCUCUGUUCUCAUUGCAGUGGCCUGUAGAGAUGCUGGUUUCUGCAUUCAUGAAUACAUCAGGUACACUGACAGGAUGAAGAGCUGCUUGUUUACAACCAUGCUCGUCACACUUCACUGCUUCCUCUUGAUUUAUAUAGUAGUUUUCAUUGUUUCUUGGCAAUCUUGUCUUCUAUUGUUCUCUGUGGAGUUGAGGAUUCAAGUGGCUUUCUCUCUUGUCCAACAUCUCCAUCUAGUGGAUUGUAAAAAUAAAAAUCAAAUAAAAUCAGCAUGUUAUCACAAACAGCCCAGAAUAAUUAAAUUGUCUUCCUUAAUUUAAAAAAAAUCUGUAAUCAGCCUAAAUCUUUCAAAUUUGUUUUGUUGUUUAUGGAUGGCUCAAUAAAAAUGCUUUAAAGGUAAUGUGUGUUGUGGUUGAUAAGCAUCACUAUUACAAAUAUACCAGAAUACAUUU